UGUUUGAGUGAAACACCAAUGCGUGCACGGUGAAUUCGAGGAUCGAGGAGCUUGAAAUCGGUCGGACACUUUGUCUGUCAUCACCUGUCGUCAUCAUCGUCGCUUAAAGUUCCGACCUUCCGUUGCCGGAAGGGAAGAUGCUCGCUUGAAGUCGACCUCCACCGUUCUCGCCUCUAUCUUUUACCUUUUUUGAGCUCAACAAGUAAGAAGGAAGGAAGGAGAUGUCGACACCAGCGAGGAAGAGAUUGAUGAGGGAUUUCAAGAGGUUGCAGCAAGACCCACCUGCUGGAAUCAGCGGUGCUCCUCAAGACAACAACAUCAUGCUCUGGAAUGCUGUUAUCUUCGGGCCUGAUGAUACCCCAUGGGAUGGAGGUACUUUCAAACUCUCACUGCAGUUUUCAGAAGAUUAUCCAAACAAACCACCAACGGUUCGGUUUGUUUCAAGGAUGUUCCAUCCUAAUAUAUAUGCUGAUGGGAGUAUAUGCUUGGACAUUCUCCAAAACCAGUGGAGUCCAAUAUAUGAUGUCGCUGCUAUCCUUACCUCCAUCCAGUCAUUACUCUGUGAUCCUAAUCCGAAUUCUCCUGCCAACUCGGAAGCUGCACGAAUGUUCAGCGAAAGCAAACGAGAGUACAACAGAAGAGUCCGCGAGGUUGUGGAACAAAGCUGGACUGCAGACUAGUAAUAAUAAUAGCAUUUGUCUUUUAUUGUCAUUGAACCUUCCUCUCUUGUUUUUCAUUCCGCAACACUUCUUUCUCGUUUCCUUUCUUGUCUUUGUAUGUUUUUCUUCUUUCAAACUAUGUGAUUUGUUGCUUUUAAUGCUUCUAUGUUAUCAUCUUCAUAAUUAUCAAA